AUGAACAUCAAUGAAGCUCGAGAGACAACCUCAUUGUCCUCGAUCCUGAGAUCAGCUAGUUGUCAUUCUCAGCCUAGGGGAUCCCGUCGAAACCCCUCACCACCGCCUGGCCCUUUUGAACGAAUUGUGCACUGUGACGGCUCUUUUGUUUCGGAGUCUCAGUUGGCGGCUUGUGGGACUACCAUUGCUGAUGCCCACGGUCAGGUGAUUGACGGCAAGGCGGAGAGAUUCUAUUGUUCCUACCCGAUUCAGGCAGAAGCAUUUGCUAUUCUGGGUGCUGUGGUGUUGGUGGCCCAAGAGUCCUAUCCGACGUGUAUCAAAAGCGACUGCCAACGCUUGAUUGUGGCUCUUACUCAAGACCCCUGCGAUUGGCCUUGGCAAUGUCGUGCGACCCUGGCCCGGAUUGUGUCUCUUCUUCAGGGGGCUCCUUGGAUCAAGUUGUCCUUCGUUCCUCGGCGAUUUAAUUCUCUUGCGGAUUGGGUCGCUAGGAAUGCCCGACUUGAUCUCUUACCACAGGAUUGGAUUGUCAUUGCAAAUUUGAUUUCGCCCUUGUUGUAA